AUGACCACAAUUAAGAGGGCACUGAUGAGAUGGAAAUACCGGUGCCGUUUGGUAGUCCAGAGGAAUGGUCGACAUAUUGAAAAUGAAAACCUGCCGGUCCUACCGGUAGUAUUGGUGGCAAAAUGGGUGGAAGGCGUCUAUUAUUGCAACCACACCACCUUGAUUUUAAUAAAGGUAAGGGUUGGCGCCGGACCUCAAGUGACUACUUAUAUAAAAACUGCACAACUCGGGUGUCUGUCCACUGAUUAUAACUCACAACGACUGUUGUUCGCGUUGUGGAAGAGGAGGACAGGGAUGGCUGCAAAUAGCGAUGAAUUGUGUCUUCAAAUCGCUGCUCGUCUCGAGAUUUUGAUACAAACUAUGCGCCGUAUGAAUGAGUUGAACGCUAAAUGGUUUGGAAAGACUUUAGUCCACCGUUUGUGGGACACUGUCCUCCGGGGGGUCACGAGAUUGCGGUGGACUUUAGGCCGAGUGGUGGCCUCUGAGGCGGCAGUGGGCGCACAUCGGCUCCUCCUCACCGAAGACUUAUCUAAUGGUAAACUGCAG